AUGGUACUGGCAACCUCUCUCAAAGGCGCUCACGUCCUCAUUACAGGAGGCACCCGGGGCAUGGGUGAGGCGAUGGUGCAUCAAUUCCUCCAAGAAGAAGCCAACGUCUCUUACUGCGCCCGGACAGUCACCAACACCGAGUUUGAUGAGUUCUACAAGACGCUGCCGGAAGGAAAUACGGCCCGUGCCGUGGGAACCGCGUUCAACGUGGCCAGCAAAGAGGCCAUCGUGGACUGGGUCAAGAGCUCCGCUGAGAGACUCGGACGGAUUGACGUGAUCAUCGCCAAUGCAUCCCCUAUGCACAUGGAAGGAGAGACGGAGCACUGGGUGGAGAGCUUCGCCAUCGACGUGAUGGGUUUCGUCGAGCUGGUCAGGGCGGCGACUCCCUACCUGGAACAGUCGCCCCAGGCGUCCAUCAUCGUGCAAAGCUCGUUCAUGGGCCGUGAGUUCUAUCGCAGCCCACCGGCAGCGUACGGCCCGUGCAAAGCGGCGCAGCUGCAGCAUGUGCAGGAGUUGUCCCAUUAUCUGGGCCCCAAGGGAAUCCGAGUGAAUGCCAUUUCCCCGGGACCAAUUCUGUGCAAGGGCGGGCCGUGGGAGAAGUACUCGACACUCAUGCCGGAAUGGGUAGAGGAGCAGCGACUGAAGAUUCCCCUGAAGAGACUGGGAGGGCCAACCGAGGUAGCCAACGUAGCAGUAUUUCUGGCGAGUCCUUUGGCGAGCUUUGUGACUGGUACCAAUGUUCUAGUCGAUGGGGGCAUUCAUGUUGGAACCCAGUUUUAG